GUCGUAGUUUGUGCUGAUAUGAUCAGUGGCUUACAAGUUGCAGUUGCUGCUUAUGCUACAGUCUUCUGCUGUGUUCUAGUGAAGAAUAGUUUGCUUGUUUUGUGAGAGGGUGCGAAUAUUAAUUGCGGAAAGUAACUUGAAUAAAUUGAAUUUUAUCUAUUUGUUGUGGAUUUUGGGGGUUUUAAUAACCUUCUCGCCAGACGAUGGCGGCCUCCAAUAAUGAUGACAAUGCCGAGAGUGUGCAGUAUUUCGAAGGCGUAGAGAAACUUCUUGAGGUUUGGUUUACUAGCAGCGACGGCAAAGACAAACAGCGAGAUCUUCGGCAAAUUCCUCGACAAAAAUGGGAAUCAUUGCUGAAGAUUGUGCGCUGCGAGAUUAUCAGCUUUUGUCGAAAUGACCAGGUCGAUGCUUACGUCCUGAGUGAGAGCAGUAUGUUUGUUUCGAAACGCAGACUAAUUUUAAAGACAUGCGGUACUACUACGCCAUUACAGUGUUUGGAACCACUGUUAAAUCUUGUAGAGCGUUUUAGCGGUUUUGACGAGGUCGAGGAUGUUUUCUACUCUCGUAAAAACUAUAAGAAGCCGGAACUACAAAUGCCACCCCAUCAAGCAUUUGAGGAAGAAGUUGCAUUACUUGAUACCUUCUUCCCUGAUGGAGAAGCUUACUGUUUAGGAUCUGCAGACACAGAUUGCUGGUAUUUAUACACUCUCAACAGAGAAAAAUUAUCGAAAGAAGACAGAGAACCUGAUCAAACGUUGGAAAUCCUAAUGAGUCACCUCGAUCCAGAUGUGAUGUCGAUUUUCACACGAGAGGUGUGUUCAUCUGCAGCUGAAGCAACUGAAAAAUCUGGAAUCGACAAACUAAUACCUAGUAUGGUGAUCGAUGACUUCCUAUUCGAGCCUUGUGGUUACUCUAUGAAUGGAGUAUCAAAAAGUGGUAGCUACAUGACCAUACAUAUUACUCCUGAACCAGAAUUCUCUUACGUAUCAUUCGAAAGCAACAUUCCUGAAGCUGCCUAUGAUGAAGUCGUACAUAGAGUUCUGAAGACGUUUAAACCGGGAAAGUUUGUAAUUACAAUCUUCGCUAACAAGGAAUCUGUGGCUGCUGAUUGUCCUAAAGAGCUAGAGCAAUCAGACUACAGCAAUUUCGAUGGCGAUUGGCUGCGAAAGGAUGUACAAUAUUGUCGUUUCAAAAACUACGACCUGACAUGUGCAUUUUACUCUAAAUUCCCAAGCUGAGGGUAUAUGGACGCCUCGUUACUUUCUUG